AUGCUGGACAUGACGAGCAACCUCAUGCUAAGCGACAUCAUGGAACUGGAAAACUUGAAGCAGAUGGUGGAGUACAAGAUCACUACAUCCAUAGACGCGAUGUUUUCGUCUUCAAUCGUAACGCCGUGGCCACCUUUUGCAACAAAACAAAAAGGACGCAAUCAUUUAGAGACAGCUAAAACCAAUAAGUUUAAAGACACGGAAGCCAAAGUUCGAUUACGUAUUUAUGAACGACGGAGUCGUCAGAAACGACACAACACAAUGCUGACAAUGAAAACAACCGUAGCGGUCUUGGAAACUCACCUAAAGAAAUUGUGUCAAGGUCAACAGAAUGCCACAAAUUCACUCAUUUAUAUGAUUUCAGAACUUACGAUGGAAGCGACGUCCCUUGCCAAUCACAAUUACAAUUUACGUAAAGUAUUGGAUGACCAUCACUUUUUUCACUUGACGUUGCAGCUCGAGUACAAUUGUCGAGAGACGACGACUGACUCGGUAGUUGAAGAGUUGUUCGAUCUACAAAUGCCAUGCUCGUGGCGUCCAAUCGAGGAGACAACAUGUCUUCGUAUCAUGCGGGACUCGUUCCUGGAGAUCGUGGCUUUUUCCAAUAGUGACGACUUUGUUUCAAGCGGUCUAGAGAUUUGUGGGUGGCGUGAAAAGCGCAAACUCGUGAAUAACAAUGUCAACUUUAUGUUUCACAAAAGAUUCGCCAAGGACUGCAGUGAGGAUUUGGCUACCCGCAGCUGGAAAAUGCGUGCUGUUCAGGACCAAGUGACGCGCUAUUUUGGUCAUAGCCUUGCGGUCAAGGUCGAGGUGCUCCAACGCUUUCAAAACGACGUAGUGGUUGUACGCCGUAAGAUCAAGCACACGGUGGACGGGUGGGUGCAUCACACCAUUUAUUUGCUGUUCCGCACCACGACGCCGGACGGACAUCUCGUGUGUAUUCGGGAUAUGAACCCCACUGACACAGACGACCUGCACCUCAUGUCAGGAUCGGUCUCCGAGUGCGUCAUCUGGUCGAAGGCCUUCAUCUGGUGGAAGUUUACCAAAUUACCAGAAGCGGAAGGCCAGCGGAUGGGUGGCUUUGAAGUUGAGUAUGGAGGGUCACUCGGGUCUGCUACACAGGCUGACGCAGCAUAUUGGUUACGUGAGGUGCUGGUACUGGCACUGCGGUGGGAGAACUUGGUCGUUGGACCAUUGAUCACGCUGGGCUAA